UAGUCGAUGCCAACAAUUGUCAUCCCAGUGUAUCGACAAGCUGUCUGCCAGAGAAAAAAAGAAAAGAUAGCAGCAGCAACGGAAUAGAUUUAUUGAUUUUAAUAUUCAAGUUUUAAGAACAGCCCAAGCGCAAAAAUCAAUUAAUAAUUUGGCAAAAUGGAGGCGCUGGUCAAUUAUAGCAGCGAGGAUGAACACGAGGACGAUCCCGGCUACGAGAUAAGGGCACCACCAGCCGCAGCACCACCACCACAACCAGCUGCAGUCACAAACACAAGCACACGAAAAAACCGCAGUCCGCCACCCGCUCAUGCAACUGCAACAGCAUCUGCAUCUGCUGCUGCCGAUGCCGCUGCUGCUGCUGCUGCUGCUGCUGCUCGACGCCGUUCACGCUCGUGCAGUCCGCCGGCAAUGGAAGCGUCAUCUAAGGCUGCCGGAAAGCAACAAAAGGCUAAAAACAAAAGCAACGACCGUCAGAUGAGACGCCAGCGUCGACGAUCGAGCAGCAACAGCGCCAGCAGCGCCUCUGACAGCAGCAUUGACACUGACAACAAAAUAGACAAGUUGAAGAAACGCCUGCCAACACUGUCGCCGCAGCCGGCCCCAACAUCAAUGUCCAAGAUGGCCAAAUACCAUCAACUGCAGACCACACCCCCGCUACAAAGUGGCGGAGGGCGACAUAGUCAUCGCCAUCGUCAUCAUCAUCACAGGAGCCGCAGCAGUCGCCAUAACAACAACAACAACAAAAAAGAUGAGGAUGCCCGUGGCCGCCAGCGUGACACAGAGCGGAACAGGGAGAAGGAACGGGAUAAGGACUACAGCAAGAGCGAACGCCAUCAUCGCACCAAAGAAAGCAACAAAGAGAGUGAUUACAAGCGCGAGCGCGAACGUGAGCGUGAAGAGCGCCGCCAUGGCAGUGGCAGUGGCAGGGAUAGAGAUAGGGAUAGGACUGCGUCGCGGCAUCACACCAAAGAGACGCGCUUCAGCGACAACUCGCGUUCCUACAACUCAGCCUCGUCGUCAUCAUUGACGUACAAAUCUCAGUCGCUGCAACAGCAGCUGCAGCACUCGCAGCGUCGCUCCUAUGAUGAACGCGGCCGUCGUCGUCGCGACUCGCGCUCCCGGUCACGUUCGAGCUCUCGCUCCCGCACACGCACACCUAUUGAUGCGCCGUCAAAUCGUCGGCGUCAGGCGCCGCCCCAGUCAUUGGGCGCGCAGGCAACACGCAAAUAUCGCAGACGUGAUUCGCGCGAUUCCAGCAGCCGUUCCAGAUCGCCGCCCGAGCGUCCAGUCAGCGUCAGAAAGUCCAGCGAGCCGCUAAUGAGAGCCGCCUUCCCAGCAGCCGGACUACUCGGCAAGCCACCAGUGCCAUUUACAACAGCUGGCCCGGGAGCAGCCGCAGCAGCAGCAGCUGCCCUGUCGGCCACUAUGACUCCAGCUGGCAGCGUCAUCGGCGGCGGUGGCUUGCUGCCAACGCCCAACUAUGCGCCCAAAAUACCAUCCUUAAUGUCGCUGGAGCUGAACACGCCGGCAAACGUGCUAGUCGAUGCACAGCCAGCCGCUGUGCAGCUACCCAAAUACUAUAAUCCUGGCAUUAUCAAUGCCAAUCGCUAUGCGGAGCAGCAGCAGAAGCGUAAACUGCUCUGGGGCUCCAAGAAGAACGAGGAUUCGGCGAACAAGUGGGGCAAUGCGCAUUUCUCUCAGGACUCCGAUGGCAAGGUGGCAUCCAAGUUUAUGCGACUCAUGGGUAUCAAGAACGCCAAUAACAAUACAAAUAGUAACAACAACAACAACAACAACAACAACACCAUCACCAACACGAGCAGCGCCGGCAUUCACAAUAAUGGCAACAACAAUGCGGCUACCAAAGCCGAUCCAGCGAUUGAUCAAACCAGCAGCAGCAGCAGCAGCACCAAUGGCGGCGGAUCUAUCCCAGUCGAUGUGCAGCUGCGCCAGCGCAUGUUCUCCAACAUGGAACAGCAGUACGAGGUGGCACGUGCCGCCACGCACACCAUGCGCGGCGUCGGCCUGGGCUUUGGAUCACAGCCGCGCAGCUUUUAAAGCGCUUGGGUCUGGGACAACAAAAACCGUUUAGAGUGGAAGCUGUAAAUAUAACGUGCCCAUCAACACUCGAUUAAGUCACCUAAAACUGAUCUAAUUUCGCAAUAUUUAUUUGUUUUAACAAUUUUUUUCUCCAACUAUUAUUAUUAAUAAUUACUUUUUAUUUUUUGAUUAUUUCAAAUAAAUUUUGCGAGGAAAUGUUCCAAUUCA